GGCAGAGCGUCGCCGUCAUUGUUUUGGUCCCUGAGAGAAGAAGAGAGGAGAGAAGACAGGCGCAGUGUAGUUUUAUUAAACAGGUACGUUGAUCAGAGUUAUUAGUGAGCGGCUGGACCGAGGUGUGUGCUUGUCCACGUGUCGGGAACCCGCCUGAUGCUCCAGAAACAAACACAGCGGCUCCUCCACGCAGAUCAGUCAUCAUGACAACCAAGCGUGGACUGAUAACGGACUCAUUCAAGGUGGUAAAGAGAGCAAGGAGGGCGAGCAAACGAGUGAAGAGAGCCAUUCCUCCCCCACCACAGAAAGAGGCUGACACUGUAACAGUCAGAGAUAAUGAGCUGCAGAAGCUCAGACAGUUUGAUCUGGACUCGAAGUUUGGGCCCUGCACAGGUAUCGGCAGGCUGCAGAGAUGGGAGAGAGCACAGUUCCAUGGUCUGAAUCCACCUGAGGAGAUCAGAGACCUGCUGCUGCAGACACACACUGACCCCGAAUAUUCCCAGAGCCUAUGGAGUGAAUAUCCUUUGUAAGGAUGUCAUCUAGAGGAAAGAACACACUCUCCAACAAAAGUUAAAUCAAGUUUGUUUCUAUGUAAAAAAAAUGUAAUCAUAGUGUCACAGGGCUUUGCACUCUGUAUCCUUAGGCUGUUUAAAAAUCCAGAAAAAGAAAAAAGAGAGUGAAAACCCUGGCAACAGAAGAUGGUCCUUCUUUCAGCAUAGAGUUCGAAAAAUGACUGGAUGUAUUUUAUUUUUAAAUUUUUUGCAGUUAAAAAUGUUGUCUUCUAAACACUAACUUUUUCUUUACAUUUUAAUAAAAAUCUACCGGAA